GUAAUCAGUAUUACGAGUUCCUUCUGUGAGGGUAGAGCUCAUUUUUCUGUUUUUGUUCUUCGCGCAUUUAUGCUGUUGUGUGUGAGCGAAAACGGCGACAAAUGCAAAAGCUAUUGCGUAGUUAGUGUGGAGCCACAAGAUAUUCAGAACAACGGAACGCUAACUGACGCGUCGUAGAAUUGGAGUUUACUGGGGAAUCCCCCUGACCAAAGUUUAAUGCUGUUAAUUAUAACAUGCUAAGAGAUUCAAGACUGUUUUCUACAGUGACGUUAUUGAAGCAUCUGGCACAUCUUGUCUCUGCGUUGAUUGUUUCCCUAUGGUGCUGCAGCAGCUUCAUGAAAUUUUUUAAUUACAAGGAAACACAAGCACUUCCUACAGCUGGCAUCAUCAGUCAAAUAAUAAGCACUCUCCAGUACCUUCUUUUGGGACUGCUGCUGAGAAGUGUUUAUGAAGUAUAUCGAGCUUUGAUAGCAAUAUAUACAUACUUUGAGGCAGAACUGUGGCCAACUGUGCUCCUUGUACUUGAGUGUUCUUUGUUGGGAAUCAGCUUACCAAUUCUGCCAAUCCAUCCUAUGAUUUUUAUCAUGCUGAUCUGGUGGUUGUUGCCCCAUAAGAAGAAAUCCAGUGGCGUGAGAUCUGGAGAGCAUGCAGGAAACUCGAUUAGUCCCUGCGUCCUGUCCACUGGCCUGGCACAUUGUUCCAGUGCCAUAUACCUACAUGUUGAUGAAGCUGUACAAAACAUAUAAAAGGCUACAAUAUAUUAAUGACUGCAGACAGCUUUCAUAACUAUAAUAUAAAGAAAUUAUAAGGGCAAUUAAGAAGUCACAUCAGCUACUAUUACAGAUAUAUAUGUACACAUUUGUAUACUGCUGAUAAAGUAUCACAUAUUUAUUUAAAAUCUUUGGUCAAAAGCAUGUUAACAAUAAAACAUCAGCAACUAGUUAUUAAAUUUCACACCACUGAUGCGUGUGGAAAGUAUUGUUCACAGGCCUCUGUUGAUAAAUUUUGGUUAUUAUAGUUAAGCUCCAUCUUCAUAAAAACAUGACACAGUCUUAGGUUAAGUUGUGAGGACUCCAAUGAAUAUAUAGAGUAUUCGGCUCAGUGUUCCCCAUUGUGUAAACUUAGGCAAAAAUGUUUUUUGAAACAUUUGUAGACGUCCUUGUAUAACAUACUUACAUUACAGGGUAUAUACUGACAAACUUCAUGGGGUUUCAGAGGCCAUCUUGAAGAACGAACUGAUGACAGGAAUCCAUGCUCAGAAACACAAUUUAAGAAACUACAGAGUGUUGAAGCUACAGGUGAAAACGCUGCCAGCAGGCUACCCUCUCAAUAGCAAAUGUAAAUUGUAACACUGAAGUCACUGCAUCUAGUGUCCUGCACAGUGUCACUGUGGCGGCAGGUGUUGCUGUAUUAGACACUGCCUGACAUUCUGAAUACUAUCAGGUUCAUCAUGAGGAGUCUUGCUUGCAGUCCAUUAGUGUUAAACUGUUUUCUGGUAAAGCAUAGUGGCACUCUGUAACACCAUUGGAUGAUAUUUCCAGAUGUAUGUUUCUAUUCUCAAUUUCUUGCACAAUGGCUCAAAGUUUGUUGGUAUAUUUUCCGUUAUCCUCUGUAUAGGAAUUUGUUUAACACUACAACACAUUCCAUUUAGAGAUGAUCGCUUUUAUCAUGUUGCAGUCUCACAGGAAUGUGCUGCAAUCAUCAGUGCAAUUUUGCAGAAGUUAUUUAAGAGCUGCAUCAAGAAUGUGCAACAGCUGAAUUUUUUUUAAUACUAGAAAGUGAAUGUACACUCUUAAUAUAAAUGCGUGUUACAGUUUUAUCCUAUAUAACAUUAUUGACAUGUUAGCUCCACAUGAAAUAAGUCCAACAAAAGAAGAAUUAUUUAAACAAGGUGUAAAUUUCAUUCAUUGUUUAAAUAAGGGACAAAGUACAUUCCAAAGGAUAUAAGUAAAUGUAUGAGUGUAGCAAAAUAUGACAAAACAGAUUAAAUAAGGAAUCAGUGAACAAUGGCUCUCAAUAAAACUUGGAAGUCAUUGCAAUUCUGGUGUUUUUUGUAACCUGCUGUGAAGAUAUUGAAAUUGAUUUGUAGAGAAAAAUUAGAUAAAAGUGCCUUAUGACAAUGAUUCAAAAAGUGUUGAUGUUGCCCAUUAUCAACUAGUGAUAUACAUAGAAAAAAAAUGAUAAAAUUAUAAAAAGCUUUAAAAUUUACUUGUUAGCUGUAUUGUUUUUUACAUGGCAGGUGUUCAAGGAACUACUAAAUAAUCUCAGAGCACAUUAAUCUGAAAAAAUGUGUAUACUACCAGAUUCAAUUGUUUUAUGUUUUGGCUGUUAUCCAUUAUAAAGACAAGUGUUAAAGAUACGAAGCCAUAAUGAGAAUUUAAAACCUGUUAUGCCAUGUAGAAAACUAGCAUACAAGAAGAGAAACUGUAUAAAAACACAGGAAUAUUUGCUACCUGUUAAUAAUGAACAGAAAAACAGAUCUAAAAUCUAGAUGGUACUCUCUGCACUCAGGUUUUCUGUUUAACAUUUUUGACUAGAUUAUGCUUGCGUAACAACUUAUCUCCUUUUGGUUUCAGUGUUUGCACCUGUGUACUCUUCAUUGUUCACUCUUUUCAGAUCCCUGCUCUUAAAUGUCAAUCAUUGGUGGAUCCUAUCAGCACCCUGUUAAGAAGAUCUAUAAAACUACACGGGCUCCCCCAGAAAUGUUGCGACAAACUUUGAGCUGUAGAGGGUGUCUCGAAUAACAGAUUGAGGACAAGAACCCGUAUCCAGAAGCGUCAUUCAAUGCCGCUACAGAGCAUGGAAGGUACAGGCACUGCUGUCUGCCACUAGGCCAUCCCUUCAGCAGAAAAUGUGACUUUGUACACUUUUUAUGCAGACCAGCUCACAAUGUUGAAUGUUAUUCAGUUAUCAUAACUGACUGCCAGUGGGGAAGAUGGAGCUAGAUUCUGUGUAGAAAGGCUUUGUCUCCCAUGAAUGCGAUGCUCUCUUGCCUCAUCGAAUGACGGUUCACAACAGGUUUCCAUGCACAGUGUGUAUUUUUUCCUGGAACCUCCUAAAAUAUUCAUUGUUUCUUGGUAUACAGGGGAAAAAUAAACUGUGGAUGGAUAUCAGUGUCUGAAAGCAUCAUCAACCGAGGCAGCAGAGCAUCAUAUUCAUAGGAGAGAUAGCUUAUCUAUGCAUCAGCUAGCUCCAUCUUCUUCUCUGGCAAUCAUGCCAGUCGAUCACAAUCACUGAAUAACAAACAACAUUGUUGGAUACUCUGCCUGUGGUCCGUCAGUGUGCAAAGUCACAUUUGCUGCCAAAGGAGUGGUCCUAAUGGCAGGCCAGCACCUGUAACUUAGAGGCUCUGUAAUGUUGCUGGAUGACAUUUCCAGACACGUGUUCCUGUCCUCGAUUUCUUCCUCGAGACACCUUCUGUAAACCCUUGAAGUUUGGUAUAACAUUUCUGGGACACCCAGUAUAAUCAAAAGCCAGUUAUAAAUGAGAGGUUAUGAACUUUCACCUAGUAAAAAGAUAUGAGAUACUAUGAAGAACUCACUAACUACACACAUUUUAUAAUAUUCUCCCUAAAGCGUAAAUGUCAUUUUAAGUACUAAAUGUUUGUUGCGUGAGGUAUUCCAGAUAAAAGAUGAAUCUCAUAGCUGUGUUUUCACAUAUUGUAUCCAAUUUUUAGAUACAACAUAUGGAAAUACUAAAAUACUUAGCAAUCUUUUAAUUACAUUUUCCCCUCCAUCCCUAUCCAGCAUACUAGCCUCCCCCAUGAAGUGCUUUGUUAAUUACUUCCUAAGAAGACUGUCUAUGAAAAGUGGAAGACUUGUUUUUGUUCCAAAUAAAAG